AUGUUACCUACUGUGACGAUUAGCCCCCGUGGACUGGUCUACCAUGACGAAAGCGUCAUCCACCACCACUACUGUCGGCACCGAGGCAGCUUGUACGAUCCGACUGACGACGUCACCAAGCCGAAACAUAAGGGCCGCCAAUACUGCUUCAUUGCCGGAAUACUCGAUGACGGAUCGGAUGUGUCCCACCUACUCGGUCCAGACAUCUUUGUUGGUGGGAAAAAUAAUGGCAAGGUUGUUAAAUAUUACCAUUGUAUGCAUAACCAUGUGUACUUCGUGGACUGGUUCGGAAAGCUGCUGGACGAAGUCGAGGAGCUGAGGUGGUCAUCGGCCGUUUUCGUCAUGGACAACGCCAAGUACCACAAGGGGAAGCCACAGUCGACACCCAAGGGAACGAGGAAGAAGAGCGACCUGUAUCAAGCGUGUGUCGACAACAUGCUGACGGAUGUCGCGCCUACUGACCUAAAGUCCACGAUUUGGAAGACACUGAAGAAACACCUCGACGAGCAUGUCCCACCUGUUGCUGUUGCAAUGGCGCGGGCUCGUGCCCAUCAUGUUGUCUACGCUGUGCCUGUUUCUCGGAGCUUCAACCUAUCGAAAUGGUGUGGGCAAACGUCAAGGGAACAGUUGGACUGCGCGUUGAAUUGGCUGGGCAUUUCGGAAUGA